AUUCAUGUUCUGCAACAGGCUAACGAGGCUAUGCUAACUCAAAAAGUCACUGGCAAACACAACCUUACCUGUGUCUAUAAGGGUUUUGGAUUUCUACUCUUAGUGACUGGUUCCUGGAAUAACUGUCACCAAGCAGUGUGACGGCAUGUCAGGACAACCCUCAACUAUGAACCAGCUCCUGUAAAAGUCACGUGGUCUUGUUACAAACCAUAACAAAAUGUCCUCUCUGGAUCGGAAGCGUGAUAAAUCCAAUCCGUUCACCCUAACUUCCAGCACCCAGAGGAAGACCAGCGCAGAGAUUGUCAACGAAGCUCGUCAGUCGCUGCGGACCCUACGCACACAGCGACCUUUUACCCCCAGAGAGAACCACAGGCAGCUGUUUGGGAAUAGCUUAACCCGCGCCCUCCAUGAGGGGCGACCUCCGUCCGCAUUCAGCCUCCACUCUCGGAACUUUGACUCGCCAGAAUCCAGGCCAGGUUCCGGAAAUCGCCUCUCUCCACUAAAUCAUAAGCCCAGGUUGCCUUUGGGUCCUGAUGAGGAGCCCGUCAUCCCCAAGACUCUCCCCAGACCCCCCUCCAACCCUCUGGAGCUGAGGGAAGGUGGGGGGUGGCCAGGGGGGAGGGCUCGCAUCCUCAGAGCUGGGUCUCUGACCACACUGCCUCCUGUGUCGAGGCCGAGACAGAUGAGGGAGACAGUACACCCAGACUCCAGCCCAGAGCAGAAGGAGCUGUUAGCCAGGGGGAGGGACAGGAGACCCCCCAGGACUGAGUUCCCUGGGGGUCCAGAGAAGGAUCAGAUCAGCUUCCCCAGACCAGCCCUUCGCAGGACAAGCAGCGAAAGUGGAAUUAGAUGUCCUCCCAGUUGUGUCGUCUCAUCCAACGCACCAGCCAAGCAGAGUGCAUCAGCCAGAAAAGAGUUCAAUCCUGGAGACAAAGCAGGGUGCCAGGAGGACCUGGACGAUGCCCUGGUCUGGGACAGCGACAUAGCUCCUCUCCUUCUGAAGCUGGAGUGUGUUGCUGCAGGUGGAGCUGAGGACUCUGUGGAUAGCCUGUGUGACGUGUGCAACCGUCUCCAUGGCGCCCUGGCGGAGCGAGGCAUGCUGGGUCGGCAUUGCAAGAAGAGGGCGGGACUACUCAGGGCACUGUUCCGCCUGAUAGACCUCAACUCCGCCCAGCUCAAUCUCCAUCUCGUCAAACUGUGCCUAGCGCUGAGUGUAAGUGGUAACAACCUGCUGAACAUCUGUAAACUCAUGUUCAAGAUCAGCCAGAGUGAGAGCAACGACACCUUCUUCCACGACAACUCCAUCAUUGACUCCCUGCUGUGUGUGCUACACAGUGAGGAUGUGAGUGUGUCCGCUGAGGCUCUUCUCUACUGUGUUGGCACUCUGAAGUUCCUGUCUGGCAACAGCUCCCUUGUCAGGCUCCUAUUGGUUAAGGACUGUAUGGGUGUGGCCUCCCAGCUCAUAAAGAAGCUCCACCCAGUGUCCCAGCCAUGCCACUCCCAGCUGACAAUGGCAGGACACAUCCUGGUGCAGCUGACUGCAACCCUUAGGAACCUGGCUGAUCUCUCAGAUUCCCGCCCUCUCUUUAUCAACCACGGCAUCCUAUCAGAGCUCUGCCUGGUGCUCCACUAUCACCACGGAGACCAGGACAUCUGCACCAACAUUGCCAGAAUAUUCAGUAAGCUGUCGUCCUACCGGGAGUGCUGCCUGGCCCUGGCCCAGACCCCCGCCUGCUACCACCUAUUUAUACUACUGCUGAGCAAACACCAGUGGAAACAGGACAUGGUGGUGCGCCUGCUCUUCAUUCUGGGUAACCUGGCGUCCCGGAGCCAGGAGGCCAGGGAGCAGCUGUACCAGACCCCACAGUGUGUGGAGGUUCUCCUGGACCUCUACCACACCUACCAGGAGAGACGGGAAUCUCCCACCACCCCAGACCAGACCAGGGACCCAACCAUGGGCCCCCUCAAGCCCCCCACGCCCCGAGCCCAAGCCAGGGACUCUGGAGCAGGGGGCCAGGAUGUCCUGGUGAAGCUGGUGAGGGUGCUGGCUAACAUGUCCAUCCACUCAGCUGUGGGCCCAGCGCUGGCUGCCAGCACCCCCUGUGUACAGCUGCUGCUAGACACACUGGAGCUAGGGUGUUCACCGGAGAACGAGGAGCUCCUGGUGAACGUGGCGGCCACCAUCAACAACCUGUCAUACUACCAAGGAAGCAGCUCUGUGGUCCGAGCCAGACAACUGCCCAUUGCCAAGAUGAUGUUGAAGCUGCUUCUCAGCUCCAGUAUGGAAGCAGUCCUGGAGGCCACCCGUGUGUACGGAAACCUGUCCCAGUCCAGGGACGUCCGGGACUUCAUCAUGCAACACCAGGUGCACCUGUUUGUGCUGACUCUGCUGGACUCAAAGAGUCCCGAUGUGUGUUUCUCUGCCUGUGGGGUGCUCAUCAACCUAGCCCUGGACCCCUUCAGCAGAACCACACUGACACACCAGGGGGCUGCCACCAAGCUGGCAGACUGUCUGAGGGUCUUUGGGCCUGUGGACUGGCAGCUGGGGGCGCUGGUGUGUCAGACCCUGUGGAACCUCCUGGAGGUGGGGGGGUCAGAGAGAGAGUCCCUCCAGACACUGGACGACCAGGAGAGAGGGGCCCUGCUGGACAUCCUCAGUCUGUACCUCGAUGAAAGAGAGGCUCUGCAGUGGACCCCCAGUGACGAUAUGAGGGACUUUCACCGGGCAUGCUGGGAGUCAGAGUUCUUGCCAGUGGCUCAGAGGCUCAGGAGCAGGAUCCAGUCUGGGACUGCCUGACGGGUUAAGGAACUGGCUGACUGGCUGCUGGCAGUGGCUUGCUUAUUGUUGGACUGAUUGACCGGCUGGUAUAUUAACUGAAUGAGACUGAAUCACUUACUGACUGGCUGAUGGACUGGGUAGCAGAGUGACUGUCAGGCUGACCAGUUAACGGAUCGACUGUCUGACUGGUUAGCUGACUGGCUAAUCUUUUCAAGACCUGUUCCUAAUUGUGUUGCCCUGUGUGCCUCUUUGCAGUGCGCGUUGUCUGUCGUGUACCUCCCCUGUAGUGAACCCCCCCUGUAGUAUACCUCCCCUGUCAUGUACUUCCGCUGUUUUGUACUUCCUCUGUUGUGUACUUCCUAUGUAGUGUACUUCUUCUAAAGUUUCUAUAAAGGUACUUCCUCUGUAGUGUAUUAUUUGUAACAAAAUACUAAACAUGGCUGCAUUUGGGAAGUAAGUCUGUCUAUAUAUGUCUCCAUGCACUUUAAUCCUACAUUCCCAGAAUUCCCUGAUGAGAAGAGCUCUGAGCCUCCUGGUGAUCUGUCACAAGCUGUUUGCACUUUGAAAUUUGAAGCCAAUAGAAUCAUUUCUAUAUUGAAUGUGCGAUGUUGUAUAUGUUUGUUAGUGUGCCUUCAUGAUUAUUUUACCAAAAUAUCUCAAUUGAAUUGCUGAAGAUGGGAAAAUGUUUGUAAUCUGGAGAAUAGUGGAACAUCUACUGUACAUAAUAAACCACACAGUAAAAACA